AUGGCGAGAUGGCUGACUUUUAGCACCAGACAAUUCGACUGCACUACUGACCACAAGGGCCGAUUAGGCAUUGUAACAUUGUUGAUCCUGCUGCACGUCCAUGCUAAUAACAUAGUGCUACCUGUGCUGCUAUCAACACUGAUCGCCAAGGCAGAGAGGAAGAUGCUCUCCCAGAAAGAAUUUGAAUCGGUCCUCGAAGCACGAGGAACAUUAAUCCUGGAUGGCGCAUUGGCAACUGAGCUCGAAGUGCGCGGACACGAUCUGAAUCACCCUCUCUGGUCCGCCAAGAUCCUCAAGGACGACCCAGCUAGCAUUGAAGAAGUCCAUGUCGACUACUACCUCGCUGGCGCCGAUGUCGCCAUUACUGCGUCUUACCAAGCUGCCACUUUAGGACUCACGGAGCAUUUCAAUAUGACUGAAGACGAAAGCAAAGCUUUGAUCAAGCGGAGUGUCUCUGUCGCUCAAAGUGCGCGUUCGAAAGCAUACGCUAGCGGCAUCGACUCUAGCCGGAGACUUCUUGUAGCUGGCAGUGUCGGGCCAUACGGAGCAUACUUGUCAAACGGAUCAGAAUACCGAGGCGACUACGCUCGAACGGAGAAGGAGUUCCAAGACUUUCAUCGACCGAGGAUCCAAGCACUGAUUAAUGCCGGUGCUGAUUUGUUGGCGAUUGAAACGAUUCCAAGCAUAUCAGAGAUUCAAACCAUUCUCGCGCUCUUGCGGUCGGACUUUCCGGAUGCUAUCGCCUGGCUCAGCUGUACUGCUCACUCUGCGGAGACCUUGUGCGAUCAGACUCCAUGGGAGGAUGUGCUUCGACUUGUUGAGGAUCAUCGCGAUCAGAUCAUUGGCUUCGGGAUCAAUUGUGUGCCGAUGGCUAUGGCAGAUGCGACGCUGAAGUAUUUGAGUCAACUCACAUCGAUACCACUGGUGUGCUAUCCCAAUUCGGGCGAAGUCUGGGAUGCGGUUACAAAGACGUGGCAUGGCGAGCGUCCGGAUGAAGCUCUUACCAGCGAGCAGUCAUCUGCGAACGACAAGGCUCUUGCUCUUGAGUUUGAUCAGUGGAGCAAGAACGGCGCGAGGAUGAUUGGUGGAUGUUGCAGGACCCAAACGUGGACCACGUCGCUCACAUACGACCCGAAACGUACGGGCCAGAAUAUUUGGAUUUUGAGCCGGGAGAAAUCGCUUCGCCUCACCUGCUGGCCAGGACGACUCCACGCCAUUGAUAUGAAUUGCGAAGCUCCACCACGGCAGCUUGCGUCGAAGCUGAAGAUGGAGCUCCUAGCAUGCGGCGCAAAGCGAGCGGAUAUUGAGUCGUAG